AUGUCGUCCAUUCAGGAGGAAAGCGACAACCUUGUCCAGGCUUCACAGCAAGUCCAGCAGGAGCAGUCGAACAACAGGUCUCCUAAAUCCGAUCCUGAUCUGCCCACUGGCAAGUUGUGGGACGUUCAAGAUCCUUUCAGAUUUGCCCCACCUAAACCUGACGGAGAUUCAUGGGCUUUACUACUAGACCCAUUGAUAAUGAAGGAUAAAGUUCAAUGCGACGCUUGGAAAGACGAAGUACAAUACUUGCUCAUUUUUGCUGGACUUUUCUCUGCGGUAAUUACCGCUUUCAUCGUCGAGUCGUACAAGAACCUACAGCCGGACCCCAAUGACGCCAUCGUUAGCCUUCUUUCUCAGAUAGCUUCACAGAUGGAUCGGUCUCUCAAUGUGACUACCGUCAACCUGUCGCCUGCAAACUCUUUUGCGCCUACCCCAUCUUCCAUCCGGGUCAACGUGUUUUGGUUUAUUAGUCUUGUUCUCAGCAUGGGUACAGUAAUCAUAGGUAUUGUCUCUUUACAGUGGCUAAGGGAACAUCAAUCUUACGAGUCGGACCUCUCACCACGGGAAAAAUAUGCAUUAUUCAACAUGCGAGCCAAUGGAUUAAAACGAUGGCACGUUGACAAAUUUUUAAACUCUCUGCCACUACUACUACAGGCAGCUCUUGUCCUCUUUCUAGGAGGAGUCAUCGACUUUCUUCAUGCCAUUGGAUACUGGGCCGUCACAAUCCCUGUUGUUGUUGUGAUUGCUUUCAUCUUGCUAUUUCUUGUUACUACUACACUUCUGCCAUGUCUUCAG